GGGAGGUAAGAUGUGAUUAUUACUACCGAGUCAAAGUGUACGGUUUAACUGGACAGAGUAAUGAAGUUUGGUAUAGACACCCUAUGUUAUGUCCGUUGUUUUGGCUAUCCAUGAAGUAAGUCGCUAUCAUCAUCAUAAUCACCGUCGUCCUUCUUGUCAACGGCAACGGUGACCAUACGUGAGCUGAUGGCUGCAAAUAGAUCGGACCCCUUGCACUUUUCUUGGAUAAAAUCAUUUCUUAAGUUUUUGCGUUGUCUUUACCUCUCGUCUUCCACAUGUGGACACAUCGCGCAAACUCCUGGUUUGAAGCCAAGCACUAAGCGAACGCCACACAUGAACUCUAAUAUUUCCGCAGCUGACGACUCCAGGAUCGCGUUCUCUUUUUCUGGGCAUGACAUUGAAAAAGUAGCAAACAAUAGAAUGUCCGCUGUAUCGGCCAGACUGUACCCAACACCACCACCAGUGCUACAUACAAUCCUUCCAAUUAUUCAGUCUUUGGAACAAAAGCAAGGUAAUGCAACUGUUCCUUCAAAGGAUCUUUUGCAAUCGCUCGCUCCCUCGCUUCCGUAUCGCCACUGUUCUCCUUCCUAUUGCCGGGCCAUUCUCCACUGCCAACGGACUGGCUCCGCACCAAAAUGGCAACCUUAGCGUUGCACUCAAGCCAUUUCUUUUACACAGCACCAUGGGCCAACAUGCGCUGACCUUCCUAAACAAGGCUGGAAGCCUCGGGUCAUGUGUCGCUGCACCACAUCAGCGGCAAUGAUCGACGAUAGGCACAGAACUAGUUCCCGGCACGCCAUCGGCACUUGGAGGGUUGUUUCGUUCGAUCCAAAAAAAUGUAUAUCAUGAGCCCGGGGUGCUGCUUGCUUGCCCUCGGGCAGUCUUGGAGAAGACGCAAUUCCUCUUUGUCCUGUAAGACAGAAACACCAUGCGCAGCUUCAUCGCAGCAGCAACCGCUCUCAUUGCGGCCAACUCCGCCGUGGCCAUUGUGCCCUCCAACUUCCACCUCAACAACUUUGCCUUCCCCGACGAGGAAUCUGUGCCCGUGAAGACGGUCCAGCAGAGCACCAGCGCCAAGGCGUACAACUUCGCCGUGCCCGUCGACCACUUCCACAAUGACACACAGUACGAGCCGCACUCCAAUGGCACUUUCAACAUGCGCUACUUCCUGGAGACGUCCUUUUACAAGCCCGGCGGCCCUGUUAUUGUGAUUGCUUCGGGCGAAACCAGCGCCGAGGACCGUGUGCCGUACUUGACCAACGGUGUUGGCUCGCUGCUGGCAAAGGCCACCAACGGCCUUGUUAUCUCGCUCGAGCACCGCUACUACGGCACCAGUUUCCCCGUGUCCAGCGUCUCCGACGUCAAGAACUAUCGCUUCCUCACCACCGAGCAGGCUGUUGCCGACACGGCGUACUUUGCCAAGCAUGUCAAGUUCCCCGGCUUCGAGAACGUCGACUUGACGGCCCCCAACACGCCCUGGAUCAUCUAUGGCGGUUCGUACGCCGGUGCCUUUGCUGCCUUCACCCGUAAGCUGUACCCCGACGCCUUCUGGGGCGCCAUCUCGUCGUCGGGCGUCACAAAGGCCGUCUAUGACUACUGGGAGUACAAUGAGGCCGCUCGUCUCUUCGCCCCGGGCAACUGCGGCGGCAUCAUGGCCAACCUGACCUAUGUCGUCGACACCGCGCUUUUUAGUGGUGACGACAACAAGCGUGGAGGUAUCAAGGAGCUCUUUGGCUACAACUCGGGCACCAGCGACGGCCAGUUUGGUGACCGCAUUGGCCAUCCAGGAAGCGCCUUGCAGGGCGAGAGCUGGGUCAAGGGCGAAGGCUCAACCCAACUGCCGCGCUACUGCAACACCAUUACCGCUUCCACAUUGCAGUACUCCGACCUCGAGAGCCAGCGCUCCGUCGCCGAGCAGUUUGUCCAGGACGCCGGCUUGACCAGCGACUGGGCGACGCAGCUGCUCAACUACGCCGGUCUCCAGCGCGGCAGCUCCCGGGCCAUGAUGAAGCGUGCCGAGUGCAGCAACAGCAAGACCUACGACGAGUGUCUUGAUGCCACGCUGAAGACGCGCGCUGCCCAAAUUAGCGAUGGCUACAGCUGGUUCUACCAGACCUGCACCGAAUGGGGCUACUACGUCUCGGGCUCUGGUGCCCCUGAGAACAUUCGUGGUCUCUUGUCCCGCGCCGUCACCAUCGAGCAAGCCGCCAGCGGCUGUGAUAGAGCCUUUGGCAUCUACUCGCCCCCCAACACCGACGUUAUCAACCGUUUGGGCGGCACCGAAUUCUCGUACCCGCGUGUUGCCAUCAUUGACGGCAAGCAGGAUCCCUGGCGCGCCGCUACACCACACAAGAUUGGCGCCAACACUGAUCGCAAGUCCACCACCGAGGAGCCCUUCAUUUUAAUUGACUACGCCACGCACCACUGGGAUGAGGAUGAUGUGCCUGCCUCCCAGUACGGACCGGGAUAUCCUCCCAAGCAGAUUGUCGACGUCCACAACCAAGAGGUUGCGUUUGUCAAGGCCUGGCUGCAGGAGUUUAAGCAGCACAAGGCAUAAAGAGGUGAUCUUUUCUGUUGCCUCUUGGUGGUAUAACUGUCGUACGUAUAUAGAUGUGGCAAGUUUGUACAUACGAGACCGAAAAACAAAACCGCAAAUAGUGUACAUACAACAAGUCUCUGUAUUUUAUCCUGCCGAAUUGAAAGUGAAUCUUGUGUCUGUUUUUGGGUCGUUUAAAGUUGCCUAGAAGCGGGAUUGCAAGUAGCCGAGGUGAAUAUUCGUGAAUAUUAUCUUCCGUAUUUCGUCAUGUGUGCAUCAUGAUAACCUAAUAGCGGCGCAAAGAAACCGCCGUGUUUGCUGUGGCGUGACAGGUCUCGUCCCAUUUCUUUUCUAGGAGUCUUUCUCCACGCUAGCGCCAUGUGUUUUCUAUUUCUUAUUUGUUUUGUUUACU